AAUUUACCUCGCGAAAUAAAAUGGGAAACCAACUAGUUAGUGUCUGAUGCAACUCACAAGAUGCUAAAAUUGAUUAUACUUGCAAUUUACCAAUCCAACAAAGAAAAACUAUGCCGAUAGAAGCACCUAGGACAAUGGGAAGAUUAAUGGAUCCAGCACAAGAUGAACCUUUAACUGAACCUGAAAACACUGAUGGUGAAGGUACUAAAAUGAUUCAGCCUCACCACCAAAGAAACCUGCAUAUGCACAAAGCCAUCAAGAGUGCUUCCUAG